CGAGCGCGCGCGGCUCGCGAUGCCGCACAAUUAUGAGUCCGCCAAGUUUCGCGAUCCGAGACCUUCUGCCGGAAGCGUCGUCGCGCUCCCCCUCGCCGUCCGACACGGAACUGGACGUCACGGGCACGGAGACGCCGCCGCCCUGCACCUCUACCGCGUCAGAUGAAAAGAAAAACGAGAAACCGGCGUACAGCUACAACGCGCUCAUCAUGAUGGCGAUCCGCAGCAGCCCCGAGAAGCGGCUCACGCUCAACGGCAUCUACGAGUAUAUCAUGAAGAAUUUUCCUUACUACAAGGAGAACAAACAGGGCUGGCAGAAUUCCAUCCGGCACAAUUUAAGUUUGAACAAAUGUUUUGUGAAAGUGCCGCGGCAUUACGACGACCCGGGUAAAGGGAACUAUUGGAUGCUCGAUCCGUCGUCUGACGACGUGUUCAUCGGAGGGACGACGGGCAAGUUGCGGCGGCGGUCCACAGCAUCGUCCAGGUCGAGGUUAGCUGCGUUCAAGCGGGGUGCCAUCCUGCACCCGAUGUUCGGCAACCCGUACGCGUCGCUGGUGGGGCUGUACCCGCCGCUGCUGUCGGUGUACGGGCGGUACGCGCUGCCGGGCCCGCUGCUGCGCCUGCCGCCGCCGCCGCCCAACCCCUACCAGCAGCUGUACCGGCGGCUGCACGGCCUCACGCCCUCCGCCAGCCCGCCGCACGACCCCGACCUGCUGAAACGUAGUUGACUUAUUCCCUAGUUUCGCGAGCUAUCCCUGAGCUAGCUCGCCGUAGACUUAAAGUGACUGUGAUAGGACGAUCGAUGUGACGAAAGAUGUGUAUAAUAAUUGCUAGUAUCUGUAAAAAGUGGUACCGCUAUUUAUUUAUUAACUUAAGAUUAUAUUUUAUCAUAAGAGGCUAAGUUAUGUGGAUAUGUAUUAUUUAUUGAUGCAUUUGUUUAAUUACGAAACGAAUA